UCUUCCUAUCUGGUUUAGACUUUCCCGUCUACUCAUUGUGGUUGUACAAGCGUCACAUCCGCUUUUGACUCAUUGAAUACGGUUCUAACGAAACGGAGGCGAGUAGCAGUGUUUCGCUUCACUUGAUAACAUUAUUAGCUAACUAAAUAAACCAGUUAAUUAUCUAUCAUUUAAGUUUCUAUCGACGAGAAAUGAGCGACAACGAAAAGGAUUUUGGCGAGCGGGUUGAGUUGGGAAGAAGCAAAAUGGCGGAAGAAGUUUCAGAUAUGAAGUUUGAAGUUGUUAAAGGGCAUAUUUGAUGAAGCUGAUGGUGUUGAUGCAUGCUAAUGUAAAAUGAAGCUGGCAGAAGCGAGCGGCCACUCUGUCCACUGGUAGAGUGAUGUAAUGGCAGAAAUCAAAUGGGAGGAAGGAAGUGGGGGAAGAGGAGAGAAAAAUGAAGUCAGAAAUGGUGUGAAACGGAAGAAAGAAGAAAAGAGAUGGUUGUUUUGAAGUUAUGAAGUUAAAGAAGUGAUGAAGUUAUGAGAAGUGUUCGGGGGAUUCGCGGUCCGCUUCCAGGAGUGUGAGCCCAAGGGGUUCUGGGAAGUCUGCCAGCCGUUCCCCGGCCCAUUCCCCAGCCCGCUCCAAAGGUGGCUCCAGACACUCCAGGUCUAAGUCCCACUCCCGAUCCCGCUCCAAGUCCAGGUCUCGUUCCCAUAGGAGCUCCCGCAGGCAUUAUUCCCGCUCUCGCUCCCGUUCCCACCGCCGCCGUUCCCGUAGCCGUUCCCGAAGCGGGGAAUACCGCCGUCGUCGGAGCCACAGCCACUCCCCCAUGUCCAACCGCCGCAGGCACAUUGGCAACCGGGCCAACCCGGACCCGAACUGCUGCCUGGGUGUGUUUGGUCUGAGCCUGUACACCACAGAGAGAGACCUGAGAGACGUGUUCUCCAAGUACGGCCCCCUGGCUGACGUCAGCAUCGUCUACGACCAGCAAUCACGACGCUCCCGCGGCUUCGCCUUCGUCUACUUCGAAGUCCGAGAGGACGCCAAUGAGGCUAAGGAGAGAGCUAACGGAAUGGAGUUGGAUGGACGGAGGAUCAGGGUCGAUUUCUCCAUCACUAAACGACCACACACUCCCACUCCUGGGAUAUACAUGGGACGGCCCACAUAUGGUGGCGGCGGUGGCAGCAGCAGCAGCGGAGGCGGCGGUGGUGGUGGUGGAGGAGGAGGAGGAAGUGGCGGCCCAAGCUCAAGCUCAUCUCGCCGUAGCUCUAAGGAUUACGACCGCGGCGGUGACCGUGGUUAUGACAGAGGCUACGACCGUGGCUACGAUCGCUAUGACGACCGAGAGUGCUACAGGUCCUACAGACGCAGGUCUCCGUCCCCGUACUACAGCCGAGGGGCCUACCGGUCUCGCUCCCGCUCGCGGUCUUACUCCCCACGCCACUACUGAGCAGAGGGAGAAGAGGAGCAAGAUUAUACUUUUUGUGGGGUUUAGGGCCAGGGGGUGGAUGUGGGGUUUAG